AACCAGGUUUUCCAAGGAGAUUAAUGGUAUUUGUAUUAUUUUAAUCUUGAACUUGCACAGUAAGAGCGUCCUCACCAUAGCAUUACUCAAUUUUACUCUUAGGGUUGAGAAGACCCGAGGUACGGCUAGACUUACUCCAGCUAAUGGGAGAUUUAUGAGAGUCCAAUUUGUUUGAGUUAGCACUACAGUCAACAAGGUUUAGAUGCCAUGGCACUAGUCAAAAUUUAAUUUUUUGUCGACUGAUUGCUUAUGGAUUAUUAUUAUUAUUAUUUGUGUGGUAAGGUUUAAGACCAAGUUCAUUAAUUUGGACAAAUUCCUUACACCACAUUUAUGAAAUUUUACCAUAGUUGUAUAAGUUUACAUUUAUGUAAUGGUAUCUCACUGUAAAAUCAAAUAAAACAAAAUGUAUGAAUUAGUUCACUAACGUUUGGGAGAAUUAAAUAGUUGGAUUUAAAGUUGGAAAAAUUUUAAUAUAAUGUUGAACUAUAAAUUUCUUCAAAUUCUAAAUCUACUAAGGUCUCAAUUCAAUGCUCCCAAAUAUAACAUAAGGCUUAUUUCAAUACAUAAAAUUUAAAUUAAUAUAUAUCCACAAUAAAUUUUGAUGAUGUACAAUUUUAUAAAGAAGGUAAAAAGGAAAAGUUUACCGUGCAAAGAGUAGUCAGAGAACAACAGAACAAGAGACGAUGCAUUAAUUAGUUUAGAGGUCUUUUUUUACUACGCAUCAUUUACUUUAAAAAACAAAAAAAAAAAAUUGUAGGGCAAGUGUAGAGAAUAUCGCCCCUCGAUAUAUAUAUAAAUAUAUAAUAUAAUGAAUAGAUGAUAUAAGUGUGGAUCAAGUAGUAUUCUUAUAUCUUAUAUCUAUUUUAGCGUGGUCAGGUACGUUAAAUUAACAACAUAAAUAAAUUGAGUUCUUGUUCUAGUAAUCUAUAAACUUACUUUAUUGUUGAAAAUGCCAUAGAAAAUCUAUGGUUGGUCUACAAUUUCAAUUUUGUUAUGUGGAGACCAAAACAGUCACUCUCUUUCUAAGCACCUCAUGAAUGUCCAUCCAUGCACCGCUAUGGACGUGGUGUCCGUUUUCUCACUUCUGCUUCAAACAUCCAAAACUCCAAUUGGGAUCCAAGAGUUUCUCUCUCUCUCAAUCACCCAACUCUUGUUUCACUCGAGAAUUGCACUUCAAGAGACCAUUUCAGACAGAUAUUGGCUCAAAUGAUGAAGAACAAUCUCACUGGUCAAACUUUUCCGAUGAGCAGACUCAUCUUGUUCUCAGCCAAAACUCACCCUGAGAACCUAGACAUGGCCAUUUCACUCUUCAAUCACUUCACUCCGCAUCCCAAUCUAUAUAUAUACAACACCAUGAUCUCUGCUUCAUCUUUCUCAUCAAUUCAAUCAUUUGCUCUGUACAAGUCUAUGCUCGAGUCUUGUGUUUACCCAGAUGGGCAUACCCUCAUUUCUUUGCUGCAAGCUUCAAAAUGUUUACUAGAAGUUAAGCAAAUUCAUUGUCAUGCCAUUGUUAUUGGGUUGUUGAGUUUUGGGUAUUUGCAGAAUUCAUUCAUUAAAUUGUAUUUGGAGAAUGGACAGUUGGGUCUUGCACAUCAGGUGUUUAGGAAAAUGCCUAGUCCAGAUGCUGUUUCGUAUAAUAUUGUUAUUGUGGAAUAUGCAAAGAAAGGGUACAGCUUGGAAGCGCUAGAGUAUUUCUGUGAAAUGGUGGGUUCAGGCUUUGAGCCUGAUGAGUAUACAAUGAUUGGUUUGCUUGUGUCUUGUGGGAAUCUGGGUGAUGCACUAUUGGGGAAGUCGGUUCACGCGUGGCUUGAGCGGAGAAAGUUGAUGAAGUCUUGGAAUUUGAUCUUGGGUAAUGCUCUUUUAGACAUGUAUGUGAAGUGCAAAGAAAUGGACCUUGCAAGGAGGCUAUUUGAUGCUUUUGUGGAGAGGGAUGUUGUUUCGGGGAACACCAUUAUUUCUGGAUAUGCCAAAGUAGCAGAAAUGAAACAUGCCCAUGCUAUUUUUGAUGCCAUGCCUUGUAGGGAUCUUCUUUCUUGGAAUUCUUUGAUUGCUGGAUAUACCCUGAAGGGUGAUUAUAUGAUGGUAAGAAAAUUAUUCAGUUCCAUGAUGGCCGAGAAAGUUCAGCCCAACGGUGUCACAAUGGUCAACUUGGUUUCUGGUGCUGCAGAAAUUGGAGCUCUGGACCAAGGGAGACAGUUACAUGGCUUAGUAGUUAGAUUGCAGAUGAAAAUAGAUGCUUUUUUAGGUUCUGCAUUGAUAGACAUGUAUUGCAAAUGCGGAAAUAUUGAAAAAGCUCUCAUGGUUUUUAGGGUAGUAACCGAGAAAGAUGUUACCCUAUGGACAACUAUGAUCACUGGAUUAGCAUUCCAUGGUCAUGGAAGCAAAGCUUUGGAUUUGUUCUCCGAGAUGCAGAAGUAUGCAAUACCCAAUCAUGUGACAUUUGUUGCAGUUCUCACUGCCUGCAGCCACAGAGGACUUGUGGAUCAAGGGCUUAGAAUAUUCAAGAGUAUGACAGAAAACUAUGGUAUUGAACCAGGAGUCGAGCACUAUGGGUGCCUGGUGGAUCUUCUUGCACGAUCAGGGAGACUGGCCGAGGCUAAAUCUGUGAUUGACAAGAUGCCAAUGCAACCAAGCAGGUCCAUCUGGGGGGCGGUGCUUAGUGCAUGUAAAGCUCAUGGAAACGUUGAAAUAGCUGAGAUAGCUUUGAGAGAGCUGCUAAAAUUAGAGCCCGAGAAAGAGGGCGGAUAUGUUCUAUUGUCUAAUAUAUAUGCUGCAGUUGGGAGGUGGAAAUAUUCAGACAAGAUCAGGGAAAUCAUGGAAGACAGGGGGGUGAAGAAGACUGCUGGUUGGAGCAGUGUAGUUGUUGGUGGGAUUAAACACGUGUUUGUGGCUACGGAUAAGAGAAAUGCGAGGUGGGUAGAGAUCCAGUCCAUCUUGCUUUGUCUGAAAACAGAAAUGAAGUUGGGACAUGAAAUUUUGUUGGACUCCCUGCAAUCUCCACUGCUGGACUGAGGCUUGAUCUUGAACCUAUACUGCAUUGGCAACCUUUGUUCACAGAUGGUGCAUAUAUGGUGCGCUUUCUUUUAUCUCAGUUUCUUAUUCGCAUUUGCUAUUUGUGGCUGAUUUCAUACUUCUUCCUCAUAUUAUGUAAAGCAUGCUCCUUCUUGGUUGCCAGCCACCCUUCAAGGGGUCUUGAUUCAUAAAUAAGUGUAGAAAAUCCGAAGUCAUGGAUUAUAGGCAAGAUUGACACAACCUUUAACGGUACCAAGGAGUAUUGCACUGAGGAUUUCCCUCUUUGGUGAAUUUAUCCUCUUCAUCCAUUCCCUUUUUUGGUUUGGUGAAAACUGAAAAGUAUUGGAGACCCCACAUUGGAGAAUACGUAAACAUUCAACAGGUUCUUGGUUAGUUUCCUCCCAGGAUUUAGUAUGCAGCUGUCAAAACAAUGUGAUGGUACUCGCAACCUUGGGUAAAGUAGCCUUAAGCUUAUAUUAUAGCAACAUUCUAAAAUUGAGAAGUCAUCACCCCUGUUUAUCCUGCCAUUGGAAGAAUCACUUUUGCAGACUUCUUUAGAUGUUCCAACUAUGCGAUGAAGUUCUAUUGGAGGGAUCGCCAAAAAACUGUUUCAUUACUGAGGAAUAUAUAUUGAUCAUGCUGCUUCUGCAAUCACAUCAGGAGAGUCGGGUUUGAGAUUUAACCGAAAGACGCACUGACUCACGCUCUUACAGCCCAGCUGCUGUUAUUGAGCUCAAAGUGGAUGAGAGAGAUACUGAGGUCACUGGCAAGCUGAGCUGAGCUAGCUCUUCUCCUUGGGAGCUAAGGUCACUCCUGAAAAUAACAGAACCUAGAAGUCAUAUAUUAGCAACCCGCUCUUACAGCCCAGCUGCUGUUAUUGAGCUCAAAGUGGAUGAGAGAGAUACUGAGGUCACUGGCAAGCUGAGCUGAGCUAGCUCUUCUCCUUGGGAGCUAAGGUCACUCCUGAAAAUAACAGAACCUAGAAGUCAUAUAUUAGCAAGAAUAUUUGUGGUGUCAGUGAAUCUAAAUUGUUCAACCCAUCCAGAUAUUAUUUGUUGCUUCAUUUUAUAGCACCUUUUUUUUUUUUUUUUUUUUUUUUUUUGUCUUUUACAAUGAGUUGCAUACAUGGUUUCAGUCUUCAUGUGUCAGGAAUAUUGUAGUUACAAUUCAGAAUUUCUUACUAUUCUCUCUUAUUUAUGCUCACAUGCAACUUGAUGACUGUAAUACCCCGAUAAUUUUAAAAGAUUUAUUAAUUAGGAUUAAUUAUUUUAUUUUAUUUUUCAAUGAUUUAUUUUAUUUUAUUGAGUGCUAGAUUAAUUAUCUUAUUUUAAUUAAGUUAUAUUUCGUGAUUAUGUAUGAUGAUUGAUUGUUUGUGUGGUUGAUUAUUGAUUGAAUUAUUGGUGUGUUGAUUUUGUUGGUAUUAUAUGACUUAGUUGUAAAUUCUUGUUUGUUUAUGUGCUUCAUGUAAUUAGUUAUUUUAAUUUCUGUAUUUAAUUAAUUAUCUUAUUUAUUUAAAUUAAUUGGAUUGGGCUUAAGGAAAGUUGGACCAAAAGAUGUGGUCUUGGGCUUGUAUGAAACCUUAUUGGGUUAAUUAAUGAAGGUCCGUGGUUAUUUAAUUAUUUAAAUGAUCACUUUUGUAUCAAUUAUAUUUAUAUAUAUAUAUAUAUAUAUAAUUAUAUAUAAAUAUAAUUAAUUAAU